AUGGUUAUCCAUAAGACUGCCCUGGUUACAGGAGGCAAUGGAUACCUUGGGUCGGCGCUGUGCAAGCGAUUAAUGGAUAAUACUGACGAAAAUGUUCGUUUGACAAUAAUUAUCACCUCGCGUCACUUCCGCGGAGCCACGGAGGCAGUGCGAAAUUUACAAGCCUAUGUGUUUGAGAAACACCCGAACCGCCCGCAGCCCAUUGAAUUUGACUAUUUAUUGUUUGAUCAAUGCGACAUGAUCUCGGUCCUGAAUGCAGCUCGCGAAAUCAAAAAGAGAUAUACUAGUAUCGAGUAUAUGUUUUUCAAUUCAAGCCACUCUCAAAUGACCGGCAUUGACAAAUGGCAAGCGGCAAAGGACUUUGUCACGGAGCCAAUUCGUGCGUUCACAGUAGGAACCUUUAAAAUCCAGGGCAAAGCUACCAAAACCGCAGAUGGAAUGGGUAGCUCUUUCCAGGCCAACGUGUUCGCUCCGUGGUUCCUAGUGCAGGAGAUUUUGCCAGUGCUCAAGCCGGGUGCCAAAUUGAUUUGGAUCUCAACGAGCAUAUCAUCACCGGAAUUCUUUGACAAGGAGGACUUGGGUGUCGAGGAGAGCCACUACUCGUACGAGGCUUCCAAGUACGAGCUGGAACUUUUACAUCGCGCGACCUACAAAGAUUUGCUGGCGAAACACGGAAUCCAGUCAUGGAUUCUUCAGCCCGGCGUAUUCAAAUCGACAACUUUCGUGCCUACUCUCGACAUAUUCUCGUAUUUGUUCAUGCUCUUCAUGUUCUACGUUUGCCGUCUCUGCGGAAGCCCGUACCAUUGCAUACACCCCGAGAUUGCCGCCAAUGCUCCACUAUUCCUCGCAUUGGAAGCAACGCCGGACAAGGACGAUAUGUCGGUGAAAUACGGCUCGUCAGUGACCCGCUGGGGCAAGGAGAAGCUGAUCACUACCGAGUUCAACCCUGACGAAGCUGACGUCAAGGCCGUCCACAGCUAUGUGGAGAACCUCCGUCAACAGUGGAAGCUCAGACUUGCGGAUCAGAUUGUGGAACGCGAAGACUACUAA